CAUUAAAAAGCGAAGAGGGGAAGUAACCUCAGAUAGUGCCAGUAAAAAACAAAAAGGGGAAGUAACCUCAGAUAUUGCCAGUAAAAAACGAAGAGGAGAAGUAACCUCAGAUAGUGCCAGUAAAAAGCAAAGAGGGGAAGUAACCUCAGAUAGUGCCUGUAAAAAGCGAAGAGGGGAAGUAACCUCAUAUAGUGCCAGUAAAAAACAAAGAGGGGAAGUAACCUCAGAUAGUGCCAGUAAAAAACGAAGAGGGGAAGUAACCUCAGAUAGUGCCAGUAAAAAACGAAGAGAAGUAAGCCCAGAUAGGUCCUUGAUACCUGAAGUCCUUCUGGAGGGAGAUUCCCUUUCCAAACAAUAACUUCUCCUCCUCCCUCUCCCAUCCUCUCUGUCUUCCAAAUGCUAACAAGUAUUUUCCUUAAAGAUAAAUUUGCAAUGAUGCAUGAGGACAGCAAUGGAGAUUUUGAAAUUGUUGAUAAGAAAAUGGCAGGUCUACUUACACCAGAUGUAGCAGGAGGAAGCAACUCAGUCCUGACCAAUGUUGCACCACCAGCAGCUCUUCCAUCCUUCCUGGCGUCCCCUCUCCCGGUCUCCUCUCCCUCUGUAUCAUUACCAGCUGCUGUAGCAGUUUCACCUGCUCCAGGUCCGGUCCCCUCCCCAGGACCUAUGUCUGCUCCACCUUCUGUCAUACCUCCUCCAUCUUUACCAUCAUCGGUGACAGCAACGCCUACUCCUGCCAAUCCAGGUUCUAUUCUUCCACCUUCUGCACCCCCUUCAAAGAUACCAUCCUCAGCAUCAGGCCCACCUUUGACAAUGUCUGCUUCUCCAUCAGUUGUCUCUACAGCACCAACAUCAGUACCAGCAACAUCGUUUGUUCCUUCUCCAGGACCACCUGUACAAGCUACAAGUCAUCUAAAUCCACCUCCAAGUGCUGGUAAUGUAGAAGCUUCAGUUGACCUUGGUUCUCCUGGUGUUGGUGUGGGUCCUUCAAAGCCUGGGUGGUUUGGAUGGAUACGAGGAACUGUUUCCAACGUGGGUCACAAAGUGGCAGAGAAGGCCAGGUCAUCGAUGGAUACUAUGAUCACAACAUUGGAUCCCCAGAUGAAAGAAUUUAUACAUUCUGGGGGAGAUAUGGACAUAGUUGUUGCCUCUGACAAGGAAGUGAAAGUUGGAGCUGUAAGAGAAGCCUUCCAGUUUGUAUUUGGAAAAGCAACAGUUGUAGGAAUCCCAGCUCAGUCAGAAAGUGUUGCAGCCCAGCCAGUUGGAUUUGCUGCUGCCUUACAGUCAGGUGAAGAACGAAUCAAUGUGCUAAGAUCUUCAGGAAAAGUGCAUCCACAACAGCCAGUGAUCUCUGUUGAAAAUUUCAUUGUAGAACUCACUCCUGAUUGUUGGUAUGAUGUGGGGCUUUUGUUGUUAGAUGAUCCUGGAGAGGAUAUUAUAUUGCAGACUUACACUCAGGUAACUCCAGUCCCUCCUGAUUUUGUUUCUCUAGCACGAGCUGCAACUCCAGCAGACUAUCCUUUCAAAAGCACAGGUUUUGCAACCACUGUUGGAAGUAUUGCAAGCCAGAACCUUCAAGUGCACCAUACAGUAUGGCAAGAAACUCUGACGGGUGUAACAAGAAGGGAACUGAUUGUUCUGGCAGCUCGCACACUAGCUGGUCUUUAUAAAUCCAGAAUCCCUCCAAUUAACUGAGACAAGACCUGUCAUCACUAAGUUGUGUAAAGUAAUCGGACAUCACAAAGGGAAACAGUGAUAUGCUAUCUACUUUGUUUUAGAAAACUGUAUUUUUCUGUACUUACUAGUACAACAUAUAAAGUGUAUUAUGACUUGUUUAUAGUUGUUAUAUUGGAGGUUAUUGCAUUACUACAGUUUUAGCUUGACUUUAGUUAUGUAUAUUUGUUAGUCCUACACUAUAAUUCUUUGCAUUAUAUGUAACUUAGCAUUGCCUUUACAGUUCACUUAAAAAUUCAGUUAGCAGACUGAAAUUUUAAUCAGAACCCAUUAAAUUAACCUUUGUUUUGACAGACAGGAGGAAAUGCUUAAGAUAAUUAUAAUGUACUUAUGAACAAAAAAAUAUAUAGUGCUAAGUUUAUAUUUUUGUUUGUGUAGUUUCUUUAAAUAUGUUGCAUAAUUUUUAUGAAAGAAUUAGCUAGAGUUUUAUAAUUAUAAAAGUUUCCAAGUGGUAGUGCUUGUAAGAAUAAAAUUUGUCUGUCACAUGGCAUCUUGAAAUGUAAAGGCUUUUGAAGUUUUUAAAGAAUUUUGAGUCUUGUAAAUCCAAUAACACUUUGCACAUAGCUUUGUACUGUAUCUUUUCUUUACUGUAUUCCUCUUCCUUCCUCAUUUAAGUUAAUCAUAUUCUUUCAGAUGUUCUAGUUUUGCAAAAUCCAGUGGCUAAUUGAGAAGACACCACUAUAGUUAUGUAUACCUUUCAGUUUGAAUUGCAAGUAUUUAGUAAGUAAAAGUUCUUUAAUCAUGUGGUUGUGUUAAUUAGUCAUAGUGUUGAUUUUUAGGAGUUACAUUUGAUUUACUAUUUGUUGCUUGGGUGAAGGACAGACAUCUGUAUCAAAUUUAUUAGAAGGAAUUGUAUUUAGAUAUUUUGUGUACUACGUCUCUAAUUGCUUAUGUAUAUAUAUACACAUUUUUUAUUCAGUGAUAGUCAUUACUUUUUAAUGGAAUGAUUAUGUAUUUUUCCAGCUUGUGAUAUAUAAAAUUGUAAGAUUCAUCAGAUCCUAUGUCCAUUUUAGAGGUAUGGUGGAAUUUACUUGCUGCCCAGUUAUCGUAUGAAAGUUAAUAUUUUUGUAAUAUCUCUGUGGGUGAGUGCUUUGUAAAUGAGUGUGGUCAUGAAAGAAGGCCUACGGAAAAAACUGUUUUCAUCUUUUCUCACGUUAAUUUAAAUUUUCCUUCUCAGAGUAAUUUUUAGUCAUCUGUGGUUUCAGAAAAUCUGAAUUUCCUUGAGCACCACUUUGAGUUUUGUGACUUGGAUUUGUGUUUUGUGCAGUUCCUUUAAAAUCACUGUUGGAAGGGAAUUAAACAGCAUAGGUAUUUUCUAGGUAAUAUAUAAGAUUUAUUUUUACAUGCAGAUUUACUUAACCUGUGGUUACUGCAAUACGUAUGCUACUGUUACAAUGGGAGGAACAGAAAGGACAAUUGUGGAGUAAAGUUAAUUUGGAAUAAAAUAUUGGUGUCCAUCAUUAAUUGUUAAGACAUGGUCUUCCAUUGGUACCACACAUUUUGCAAUGUACAAUUUGAUAAAAUUGACUUAAAAAAUCAGUCUCUGUUACCAAAAAGAACAAUUAUAUCAGCAACCGGUGUUUCAUGCCAAAAACCUAAUUAAAUUUCUAUAAUAGCUGGAACUAUAUUAAAUGUAUUUAAACAGACAUCUUUAUAAUAAAGAUUUAAAGCCA